AUGCCCCAUUGUAUUUGGCAAUGUAUAACAAAUCUUCGUUUAGAAAUGACACAAUUCCUUUUGUUUAACAAUACUUUCGAACACUUCCAAAACCUUUGCAAUGAAUCAGACAAAGCCAAAAAAUGUAUUCAUCACGGCCUUUGUUUGAGUGCAAGCAUUUUCGAUUCUGUAACAAGCGGUAUUCGAAGCCUUUGUGAUGGGCCAAAGCAACAUUUUAUUAGAAAAAAUGAGAAAUGUUUACGUCAAAAUUUGGAUAAUUUAAAUCAAAAAUGUGAACAAAAAUGUCAUUUACUUAAUUCAAUUGCUGAAUUCUCUCACAGACAAGAUUUGAAAGGGCAUAGUAUUGCUCAUGCUCUUGAACUUCUUUCACAUAUGGGAGGGAUUUGCAGGCUACGCCUCCAAUUGCUUCCUUCCAUGCUUUCGUGAAGAAUUAAACAAAACUUGUCCGAGAGCUGGCGGUGUUAUCACGGUAACCAUGCCACUACAUAUUUUUUCCUACUUAGAAUUUUGAAUUAUUAAAAGGUCCUAACUUAAAUAUUUUCUUUAAAGGAUGGACUUCUUCGACCUUUUUAUCAAUUAGCCAAUUUUAUUAAAAAAGGUGGCAGAGGACUGCGAAAAAUUGUUAAAGAAAAAUUGCCAAAUGAAUGUUUAUUUUUAACUGAAAAAUCAUCACUUGACAAAAUUGUUAAUC